AUGGCCAAUUUGAAAUUUCAUCUCGCGAUGACCAUGACAAAUGUCAAACUGUCAGUCAGGAACACGGCGUCUUGUAUCCAAGCCCAAAGCUGCCCGGACUCUGGAACCCAACCUCAGACGUCGGUUUCGAACGAACGACGAAGACUAGGGCUUCGCCUUCUUCCGUGGCUCCGAUUCUGCCCUAGUGAGAAAAUUCUAGGUUUUUUUAGUAAGACAGAGACCUGGAAAGGCAGCGAUGUAAGCUUUAUGUUAGACACUGGUCUUCGAAGCAACGCAGAACUUGAGCAAAAUCCUAUUGGCGUUAUGAUGACAACUCUGGCCAUACAACCAAUAAUGAUAGUUCAACCCACUGCUACAUUUGCAGGUGAAGAGGAUGAAAGUCAACAUCUUGCGUGGCAUGCUGUUGCUUCAUGGACAUGGGAUGCACAAGAUGAAACAUGUGGGAUUUGCAGGAUGGCAUUUGAUGGUUGUUGUCCUGAUUGUAAGCUCCCUGGGGAUGUUUGCCCACUAAUUUGGGGUGCAUGCAACCAUGCUUUCCAUCUUCAUUGCAUCUUAAAAUGGGUAAAUUCACAGACUUCUCAGGCACAUUGCCCCAUGUGUCGCAGGGAGUGGCAAUUCAAAGGAUGA